ACACAGAGCAGUAAAUUCCUUUCUUAGCAUUUACUAAGUUCGGCGGGGUUAAGCUCGGAGGUAAUAACUUCAGCAGCUGUGUAACGACAACGACAGUUACUACCGGUAACAUAUAUAAACUCAAAAAGUUUAUAUAAUUUCCGCUGUUGAUGAUGCUAUGUUGGGUGGAAGUUAACUUGUUUAUCUUACUCUUUUAUCAUGAUAAUUUGAAGGUAUGACGAUGGAGGUGAGAGUUAACCGUGGGUUCUGGGUGAAGGAUUCCGAGGGCUUGUGGGAUCAUAUACCCGAUGUCCAACGAUUUAACUACUCAGUUACCGUGAAGGAGAAAGACAAUUUCCGAAAGUUAGAGCAGGCAGUGAAAUUUGAGCUUCGUUUGCAUCCUGGUGACGAGGUGGAGCUAACGUACCAAUGGCCGCAGUGAAUGCUGGGGCCUGAAUGGAGGAAAGCACAGCCUAUCAACUUUGUCGACGAUGAUGACGUUGAACUAUUUCUAGCCAUUAGAGCUGACAUCGACGAGGUGUUCUUGCGGGCUAGGAUAAUACCAGCUGGAACAGAGCGGAACGUAAAUUCAUACUCCGUCACCGCAUUAGGAAAACAACCGCCGGAACGCGGAAACAGCUCAAAAGGGGGCCCUCAAAUGACGAAUCGGCUGACUGAUCUGAAUAAAUGGCCGUUGCAUGUUUUCCAGACAGGCGGAACAGGUAGCAUCGUUGGUAGUACAAAAAUGACGGAUAUAAAUCCGAUUGAAGCCAACCGGCAGAGGGAAGACAACCGCAAGAGGGGAGUUGAAGGGAACAGAGGUGGUGGUCCUUAUGUUACACUUCCAACUACCCCAGUUAACCAAGUUGCUGAGACAAUCGGGAGUGUUGUACCCUCGCCUUCCUCUGUUUUAGGGUUAUCGUCUAGCGUACAGAGGACCAGUGUGGAAACGCCAGCAGAGUUGGCGGAGCUGUGGCGAUAUUUCCGUUCAGGGACGAAUAAUAACACUGCCGCAGCAACCACCUACCCCCCACAGGCUUAUAUUCUGAGUCAGUCUACGUUGAUGAUACGUGAUAUUGGGGAGAAAGAGAGGAGGAGUAAGGAAUCUGCACCAGAAUAUCAUCAUCAUGGCCGUUCUCGUACUGUUGACAACAGCUUACAGUUGACAUUAGCUGGAGCAUUCGUUGGGAGCAACUUAGCGCAAACUGAAAACGCCUUACUAGUUGGACAAUCAUCUUCAUCCUCCAACACCGGUAACAUGUCAACAUCAAGCGAUGGGAGCUCUGACUUUGUUAUUGUGGCCAACACUGCUAUCUCUUUAAUAGGUGAUAAUAUGGAACCCCAAGUAAUUACUGAUGAAACAAACUUACCUGGAAGUUCUAAUAAUCCACUCGAAGGGAUACCAGUGUAUGUCCCUGGUGAGGGGGUGCGUGACAAAGGGAAAGCCAUAGCAGGUGGGGAGAUAGUUCCUACGGCAACAUGCAGACCUGUAAUCCGAGUUGACGGACUCCACGUAAUGAAUGAAGAGCCAAGGGUGACGCCAACGAUGCACGAACGCGACGCACCCCCAUAUUUUGACGACCCGAUUGGCGAAGAUGAGCUGGAGCGAGCACUACAUGAUGUCGAUUACGAAGGGGAUGACAUCUUCGUCGGUCGCAUUUUCAAAAACAAAGAAGAUUGUCAAAGGAAGCUGGCUAUCCACGCAAUUAACCAUAAAUUCCACUUUCGAUACGCAAGAUCCUGUCCCAAUGUUAUCAUUGUUGUGUGUGUGGGUGACACUUGCCCAUGGCGUGUUUACGCUACAAAAAUGGAGGAAAGUAGCCGGUACGAGGUCUGUUCUGCAAAACAAGAGCACACAUGCAGUGUGGAUGCGCGCGGGAACUUUCAUCGCCAAGCUUCCACUGCGGUAAUUGGUGAACUGAUGCGCUCUAAAUACGGAGUAGAAGGAAGAGGACCACAGGCGUUUGAACUGCAGCAUCUGUGCAGACAGGAAUUUAGCCUGCACAUCAGCUAUUGGAAAGCAUGGAGAGCUAGGGAGAUUGCGAUGGACAAAGCCUUGGGUUCAGCUAUGGGCAGCUACGCUUUGGUUCCAACAUACUUUAAGUUGCUGAAACAAGCAAACCCAAACUCUGUUACAGGUAUAAAAACAGAGGUAGAUAACACUGGGGUGGAGCGGUUUAAAUAUCUCUUUUUCUCGUUAGAUGCCAGUGCGAGGGGCUACCAAUACAUGCGCAAAGUCGUCGUCAUAGACGGCACACAUCUCCGUAAUCGUUAUGGAGGAUGUCUGGUUGCCGCGAGUGCUCAGGACGGGAAUUUUCAGAUAUUCCCACUUGGGUUUGCGAUAGUUAAUAGCGAAAAUGACGAGGCAUGGGAAUGGUUUUUAGAGAAGCUUAGUGAGAUAGUGCCUGACGAACCGGAGCUGGUGUUCGUCUCAAACCGCCACUCGUCAAUUUACUCUGCGAUUCGCAAGGGUCAUUCAUUCACCCGGGAGAAUCCGAAGAGAGAGCAACGAACCUUAUUGGACUGACAAUUAAAAAAAAUGAGGAUAAACCUUAUCUAACGAAUCUCACUUCCAUCCUCAGAAACGGCCACGUAAGACUCAUAUCUCCCACUCCUGAUAUGAUAUAUCUUACGUUUCCACCCACCUUUCACUUCUUCUCAAACACCAAACUCACAUUUGAGAAAGAUCGACGAGACUCAGAAAUGGCUUCUACUUCCGCUGUGUUAUUGGUCAUGCCACUCACCCAAAACCGAUCAUCUUCAUCGGCAAAAACCAUUGCCUUCCUCAAGCCAUUGCCUUUGAAGCCAUCCAAAGCCUCCUCCUCCUCCACCUUAGCCAUGCCUUCACGAAGGUUUCAUGUGACUGCAUCUAACGUAAAGAUGGAGAAAGCUGUGAGCGGCUUAGCCGCCGCAGCUCUCACCGUGUCAAUGGUGAUCCCUGAGGUGGCUGAAGCUGCCGGCUCAGGAAUCUCUCCUUCUCUCAAAAACUUCUUGCUUAGCAUUGCCGCGGGAGGCGUGGUGCUCACAGUGAUUAUCGGCGUGGUCGUUGGUGUCUCAAACUUUGAUCCAGUUAAGAGAGGCUAAAAGAGAGAGAGAGCGAAAAGAGAUAUGAUCUCUAUCAUUUUAGUUUGGUAUUGAUUUGUGAAUCCAUGUAAUGUUUCAGCAAUGAACUUUUUCAUUCUU